AUGAAUUUAUGUAUCCUAUGUCACGGACCUCCGUUAUUAGAGGAAUCACAACCGGUUAACUGGGACGAACUCUCUGAUGUGCUAGGACUCACCAUAAGAUCGUUGUAUCCCUCACGUUGGUCCGGUCAAAAGUCCGCAAUCAGUAGUAAGAAAGAGGCUUUUGACUCCGGAGGAAAGCCUGGUACGGUAGUACUAGGAAAGACAGGGUUGCAGGAGUCAUCUAGGCUGCCGAAACGGAAAAGAAUUAGGAUGACUAUCUGUACUUACAAUGCACAUGUGCUCGCAUCGGAAGCGGUCAUUGAAGAUGAUCUGAUGAUGCAAGCCGGAAAGAUUAAGUGCGACGUCAUCGGGCUCACCAUGCGAGACGACGCCACUCAGUGA